UAUGCUGUCAAAUAUUCCCCACGUCCCGAUCCCAUCAACAAUGUUGAAGCCUGAACUUUAGAGAGCGAUAGAGAGAGAGAGAGAGAGAGAGAGAGCGAGAGAGGCUCGGGUAUAUAUAUACAUGCGCAUAGCUGCUUAGCCAAGCUCAUUGCAGAGCAAGAGGUGGAGAGAGAAAGGGAGGAGAAAUUGUAGAGAGAGAGAGGAUGAAGUAUGGGAAUCGGCUAAGGCGUCAAAUAGAGGAGACGCUGCCGGAGUGGAGAAACGAGUUUAUAGCUUACAAAGACAUGAAAAAGUACCUGAAGACGCUUUCUCAUACGAGUUUGUCUUUGGAGGAGGCAAGAUUUAUAUGUUUGUUGAACGCUGAAAUUGAGAAGAUCAAUAACUUCUUCUUGGAGCAGGAAGAAGACUUCAUCAUCAGGCAAAAGGAAUUGCAGGACCGGAUUCAAAGCACCAUAGCCACAUUUGGGGCAAAUGGGGUGAGGCCUUCUGAAACAGAGUACGAAGAAGCAAUGGCAAAGAUUAGAAAGGAUAUGGUCAAUUUCCAUGGAGAGAUGGUGCUCUUGGAAAAUUAUAGCAACGUCAAUUACACAGGCCUUGGAAAGAUCUUGAAGAAAUAUGAUAAGAAAACUGGUCGGUUUCUUAGGCUCCCAUUCAUUGAGAAAGUAUUGGGGCAGCCAUUUUUAAUGACAGAUCUUCUCUCUAAACUUAUCAAAGAAUGUGAGAAAACAAUGCAGGCUUUAUUCCCAGUUGAAGGGGGAGGAAAUGAAGCAUGGGAGGAGAGCAUAUUUAGGAACACAGUGGCUGCACUUGUGACCAUAAGAGAGAUGAGAAGGGGCAGCUCAACUUAUAGCCCUUUCUCUCUCCCCCCAAUAGAUGACCAUGGAGAUCAUUUCUCUCUCUACUCGCUAAUUCCUAUACAGUAGCUCGGAUUACGAGACCUGGGAUUUUACUUCUUUUUUCUUUUUUUUUGACAAUAAGACUUGGGAUUUUACUUUACACGAACAAAUUAUAAACUCAUGUUUGCCACUAAUUGACUACUAUAUACAAAAAUUUUGUUACUUUU